AUGGGCGCCAACGACCAUCAACUGUACUUAUCCUCGCCAGAUUCGACAUAUUCGAGAUCGUCUUCGAGAUCAUCGAGAUCGUCAUCAUCGCCUACAUUAUCAAACAAAAACUCGACAUCAAAUCUCAAAUCAUUUCUCAUUUCGGACAUAUUGAAACCGACUUUUGGUAGUCAUCACACUGAAAAAUCCAACAUUCCUCUAUCAUCUACAUCGCCGACAACAACAAAUGAUUCAUCAUCGUCAUCCUCGAAUGCCAAUGCUAUACCAGGAAUGUUGCCAGCAUGGGUCUACUGCACCAGAUAUUCCGAUCGACCAUCAGCUGGUCCUCGUGCUCGAAAACCUAAACCGUGCGAAGCAAUCGAUUCUAAACGUCCCCGAACUGCAUUUACAAGUAGUCAGUUAGCACGUUUGAAAGAUGAAUUCGAUCGAAGUAAAUAUCUAACGGGUGAACGUCGGCAAGUCUUGGCAAAUGAACUGGGCUUAAAUGAAUCUCAAAUCAAAAUCUGGUAUCAAAACAAACGUGCAAAAAUCAAGAAAACGUCUGGUGUACGAAAUACACUAGCAUUACAAUUAAUGGCACAAGGUUUAUAUAAUCAUGUGUCGUCGAUGAACAAAGACUCUUGA